AUGGAAGCCACCGCUUUAAUAUCAUUAAUACGUAUAUUAGCUAUUUUAUUAACGAUAAUUUUAAACUGGUCUCGACGUCAACAGUUUUUAAGAACUAUCAGGGAUUUUCAACAUUUACGUAAAGAUUUGUUAAAGAAAUUUGUCAUGUCUAAAAAAGUGGAACAAAAUUUUGUAUAUCUUGGUGUUCGAGUGAAUAGUAUGUAUGAAUUGCCGGGAGCUUGUAUAGUCUUGACUAUGUAUAUGAAUAAUAUUAGUGUUAUUUAUAUGGGCUAUAUGCUGGUGCAGCAUGAACAGCUGUCACAGGAUUAUGGCAUUAUAGUUUUAUUUUUGAUCCCAAUAUCAUUACUAUUCUACUAUAUGGAAUUGAAAAUUUUUAUAAUAAAUAUGCUGAAUUUUGGUGAUUUAAUAAAGACGACCGCUAAUUUGUUGCAGAAUCGUCAACCUUGCUUGCCUUCUUUAGAUGUGAGAUUUGAGAAAAGUGUAAGUUGA